GAGUACCUCCGGAUCCUCCUGGACGAGGCAGCGGGCGGCGCGGGCGCGGCGGAGGGCAGCCUCGGCGCCGUCGCCGCCGCCAUCGCCCCGAAGUUCGGCCUGCACCCGCAGGUGAACAUCUCCGCCGACUGGCGGAAGUCGCACGGGCUCAAUGGCAG